GAGUCUAUCCUGCGGGCGCUACAGUAGGACAGAACUUUGUUCUGACCGAAUAAUGUGCGUCAACGUGGCAAGGAAGCAAGACAUCUUUACCGGAUGAAUAAGAAGGUGCGAGACGUUUAAACCGGCAACGCUGUUUCCACGCGGCCAAGUAAUUCACAACCCAAUAAAACACAAGAACAAAUUACAAAUCUGAGAGAACAAGAGGGAGAUGCCGCUCUCCCACUGUUCAAACCAGAAUAUCAAAAUGAGAGAGUUCGAAAGGCGAGCUUCUCGGAUUUGUACAAUUAUUACAAGAAAACACAUUUCUUGAUAUUCAAUUCUCGAUCUGCACGCCUCUGAUCGCCAGCUUUGCUGCAUAUUUGAGAUUCUCUACGAUAAUCUUCGUCCAAAGGUGAACCCCUGUUUCUUGGCUGAGAAGGGUCGAAUCCCUGGGAUGGUAUCACCCUGGCAAUUCUCACUACACAAAUGUAAUUGAGAAUCAGACUUGGACUAGCAGUGGUAAUUUCCUGCCAAUUUGCUGCUAGACCACUACCCAACAACAUCAGCUGAUCCAAUCUUGAGGUUUCAGCUACCUGAUAUUGAAAUGGCUAAUGAAGAUGACAAAGGGACGGCACAAUGCCAUCAUCAUCGGAUUUACUCUUUGACAAGCUUACAGAUAGGGGACAUGCAAUCAUACGUAUCCAGGCUAUACUUGUAUCUGACAUGCAAGAUGAGUAAAAUGUUUAUCUUAGUUGAUAAUGGACCUUGGCUAAUUGAUAAGCAUUACAGUCCAACACAGCUAUGGCAGCUCAUGGUUACCAAGUCUAGGAUUUCACCUUUUGCAAACAGAAGAACCAAACCAGAAAAUGAAGGCCUUGGACGCAAUUUUGAGCGAAGAAAGGAGGCUCGAACUUCCAAUAAAGGUUACUGGAAUCACAAAUGGUUCUCUGUCAUUGAUGCUGCAAGGUGGCAGGAUAAGGCACUGGCACCUGUCAAAGAACUGCACCACACCUUGCAUGGCUGUGUGGUAUUUGAAUUGGCAUGGGCUGAUGUUCGAGGCAUCAAUUACAGUAAUGAACUUCAGAUAGACACCUGUAUAGCUCUUGAGUUUAAGUCAAUGAUAAAGAAGGAAUUUGAUAGCAUUGAAGAAGCUAUAGAUUGCAUUGCAUCACAGUGCAGUGGUACAAAAUCUGAAAUUCCAGUGUUACCUGAAGCUUCGUUGAGUAGAUGGUCAGAUGUCAAAAUGCAUGGAUGCAAUGAAUCACACAGUGCUAGUUCCUCUGAAGUUUCAGCUCAGAGUGGAGAAUUUCAAUUUGGAUUGGAUGAUGACAUGUUCCAUGAUGUUUCCAACAAGAUUAAGAAUUCUGCAAAUUUGGAAUAUGAUCUUCACGGCAAAAUGCUACAGGAUAUGAACUUGACACCUCAGAAGGUUGAUUUGAAACCGAGUGGAUCAGGCAUUGGUUGUAGAAAUAGUGAUCUUUUGCAACAAGAUACAAUUGGUAGUGAUGGAAUAGAGGUGCUGUCUGAAUAUAAAGGAGCAUCUGCAAGUGCCAAACUGUCCGAUGUUAACAGCACAGGAUCUAACAGUCAAAGAGGAAGGAAGUCAUUGCCCGAGAUUUCCUUUCAUAGCUCCAAAACUUCUUCAGGUUCAAGAAUCAUGGAUGACCUCUGUAAAAAUAGAAAGUAUUUCUGGAGCCUUUCUAGUAAUGAUCAGACCUGUAGUGGCGCGUAUGCACACUCUGCUUGUGAAGCUGUUGAAUAUAAAGAUGUACUGGUUGUUUUUAAAUUCUGUGAUCCUCUGCUGCCAUUUGAACUGAAACAGAUAAUUACAUCUGACCUGCGGCUAUUGAGACUAUUGGAGUCUGGGCUUCCAUCCUGGGUCAUAUUUUUCCAAUCCUAUCCAAUAUUCAGCCAGCUAUAUUGCCCCUGGAUGCGUCCUCUAGCAAGGACUCUUUACAUACUAAUUUCUAUUGUUACUGUAUUAAUUGGAUUUUAUGAUCUAUAUAAAAAUGUUCCAGUUCUGAAGGCUACAGCAGCACGCAUUUGUGGUCCUCUUUUCGAUUGGAUAGAAGCCUGGGAGAUGAUCUCCCGUCUUAAAUAUUUGGGCACAAUGCUUUUUCUACAAAACUUUGAGAAGGCAUUUAAGUGGUCAUUGACAAUCAUUCGUACUUUUAAACAAUUGAUGUCUUUGCUUACAAAACCAAUGGUUGAGCCACUUGCACAACUUGGAGAGUUCAUUAUGCCCUUCUGGAGUGUGUGUGUUGAAGAAGCUGUUGACUAUACAGAUGCUAUUUGGCUUGUCAUGACUUCAAUUUUUAGUGGUGCUGCAAAUUUACUGCAAAUUCUAGUCUGGCCUCUUGUUAUUAUUCUUUCUACUGUGUGGGGUGUAGUAACAGCUAUUAUGUACCCUGUGGCUUCUGCAUUCUGGGAGUUGCUUGUUGCUCCCAUUCGCCUGUUCCUCAUGUUCCUGAAUUCAAUGGGUCUGAUAUCAUCUGAGAUUGUUGAUUUUGGCAAAAGAACAUGGCAAACUUUAAGUGGAACAUUCCAGCUGAUAUCUAAUACACAACCUACAUCCAAUACAAAUACAGUUUCAGUGUGGCGUGCACUUUGGAAUGAUCUGUUCUCUCAGGUUUUCCGUGCUAUACGAAGCAUUGUGAAUGGUUUUGUUACAUUUUUUAUUGCCUGCAACAAGCACCGUCUAAGCACGUACAAUCAUCUGGCAGCAUUGCUUGAACAUUUGUGUAAUGUUCUCCAUAUACGUCAUUCUGUUGAUAUCAAUUCUUCUGGAAAUGUUUCACGGAUGCAUGGAAAAACGAUAAAACCUCAAGAUAGGGUGGACAAAGAACACAACCAUGCUUACAAGUCAUUGGGCUAUCCAAACAUAAGUGCUGCCAAAUCUCGAUGGGAGUAGUCAAAUAUUGAGGCUGCCUAGUUUUGUAUAAUUCAUUCGGCAAUUCUUUUAUUUAUUUGUACAUAAUAUUCCUUGUUAGCUUUAUUGAGGCCUGAAAAAGCAACAGAAGUUGUGCAUAUCGUGUAUAAACAAGUUUCCUGUGGAAACUUCUGAAAGCUCUGUAGCAGGAAAAUAUGAAUGCUUCUUGUAAUGUUCUUUCAAAAAUGUAUCGUAGGUCAAUUAUUGUCACAUAAACUCAAACAUGAGUUUGUCCAUUAGCAGUUUUGUAUAAUCUUUUGUAUUAUAUAUAUGAUAUGUUCAUUUUA